GGCCAGGCACCAUGAGGGUUACGUCGCGCCUGUAUUUGUUUCUUGCACACAGAUCUAGCGAAUUUCCAGCAGUUAGAAUGGACUUUCACUUUGUGUGAGUUCACGGAGCCUUCAAAGUCGUGCAGUCUUUCAGGCUGAGAAAAGUAGGCUAGAUCUAGCUCUGAUUUGACCUUCCACGGUCAGAUCACGGUUAACCAGUGACAACAAAAUCUAGCCUAAACGAGGUCAACUUUAGGAGCUUGGGCUGUCCCUUCAUAUCGCACUCUACAGCUGACAACGCACGGAUAUGACAAGUCGGCUCGUGAGACCAGCCCUUCAGCCAUUAAAGAUGCAAUAUCAAGUGCGUUCUUACAAUGGCUCCACUUCCGCCAGGCCAACUAAAGAUGGCUGCCAUGUCGUGGACCUGCGUAGUGACACCGUUACUAAACCAACAACAGCGAUGCGACAAGCCAUGGCCACUGCUGAAGUUGGUGAUGAUGUCAUGGGCGAAGACCCUACUGUAAAUGAACUUCAAAGACGAUGUUCCGCUUUGUUUGGAACUGAAGAUUCUCUCCUGGUACCGUCAGGAACUAUGGGCAACCUUAUUUCAGUGGUCAACCAUUGUCAAGGGCGAUUCCAGGAAGCCAUUGUGGGUGAUCGGUCACAUAUGUUUCUGUAUGAAGUUGGCAGUAUGGCACAGUUUGCAGGGGUACAGUGUUACACAGCCCCCAACCAGGCAGAUGGUACGAUCCUGCUGGAGGAUAUCCGCAACCGUAUUCGGGUCAAGGACGAUGAUCAUCUCCCAUGGACCAAGCUCAUCUGUCUUGAAAAUACCCAAAACAAGUGUGGGGGCAAAGUAUUACCACUGAGCUACCUAGCAGAGGUGAAGAGUCUAGCGAAUGAGAAGGGUGUGAAACUUCACCUUGACGGAGCCAGGGUGUUCAAUGCGGCCACAGCCCUGGAUGUGCCUGUCUCGGACAUUGUACAACAUGUGGACUCUGUCAGUGUUUGUUUCUCAAAGGGGCUUGCAUGUCCAGUUGGCUCUAUACUUGCCGGAACAAAAGACUUCAUCUCCAUGGCACGGAGAACAAGAAAAGCUCUGGGAGGUGGUAUGAGACAAGCAGGCAUACUUGCUGCAGCCAUGUUGUCGUCUCUUGAUACAAUAGUGCCUCGCCUCCACGAAGAUCACUCCAGGGCAAAGAAGAUAGCUGAAGGUAUCAUGGCAUCCCCAUCGAACAAAGUGGUUGAAGUCGACGUUCCUGGCGUACAGACCAACAUCUUUAUGAUUGAGAUGACCAAGUCAGGGGGGUUAACUCCGGAUAAACUGUGUCAGAGAAUGAGUCAGGUUACGGAUGCCGAGAGGGGUCAUCUAGGAUCUAGUGUAUCAGCACUAAUGUACCCAUUUUCAGAAACCGGGGUCCGUCUGGUCACCCACAAUGACAUCACUGACGAGGAUGUGGACCGCACAAUCAGCAAGUUUCAGUAUGUCCUCGCGGAACUGUCACAGUGAUCAGAAUGCAUGAUACUUCAGGAUCAGCACUGAACUUUUUGUUGGAGGUAUCAGAGCUUUACCCCAUGGUCAUUCAGCAAGGGUUUGUUUGUUUGUUUGUUUGUUUGUUUGUUGUUUAAUGCAACCCUCAGCAAUACUCCAGCAAUAUCCCAACUGAGUCUGGACCAGAAUCCAGUGAUUGUAACCAUAAGGUUACAAGGACCAAUUCUUACCCUGAAUCCCCAUGGCAUAAUUCAGCUAAUGGCUUCUACUGCUGAUACUCACAGAAGUGAUGACAAUACCUGCAUUGUGACCCGGGAAUAGGAGUGAGUGGUUGGGACCAAGUGUUUGUAGGGUAGAGUUUUUAUUUUGUUUAUUUGUUGUUUAACGCCGCACUCAGCAAUAUUCCAGCUAUAUGACAGCAGUCUGUACAUAAUCGAAUCUGGACCAGAAAAUCCAGUGAUCGACAUCAUGAGCUUCGAUUC